CCCAUCAUCGUCCUCCACACCACCAGCAGCCAUCCUCCCUGCAGCCCAUCACCAUGGCUGCCACGCUCUCCUCCUCCUCCAAGCACUGCUCCGUCGUCAGGGCUCAGCAUUCACCACGUCCUUCCAUCCUCUCAACAUCAUCAGCUAAGAAGACUGCCUUCCAUGGGGUGGCCUUGGUGGACAGGCGGUGGCAGCGCAAUGGCGGCGCGCGGCGGAGGCUCGUGCAGGUGAACGCCAAGACUGCCGGCGCCUCCAAGAACAUCGAGGUGGAGGUUGACAAGCCGCUCGGCCUCGCCCUCGGCCAGAAGCCAGGCGGUGGCGUCAUCAUCACCGCUGUGGAGUCUGGAGGGAAUGCAGCAAGAGCAGGGCUCAAGUCAGGUGACCAAGUGCUCUACACAAGCAGCUUCUUUGGAGAUGAACUCUGGCCGGCAGACAAGCUGGGCUUCACCAAGACAGCCAUCCAGGCAAAGCCAGACUCUGUCUACUUCGUAGUGAGCAGGGGUGGUGGUAAUGUUGAUGUGAAGCGCCUGCCGAAGAGGCCGGCACCCCCUCGGUUUGGCCGAAAGUUAUCUGAUUCACAGAAGGCUAGAGCAACACACAUCUGCCUUGAUUGUGGAUACAUAUACUUUCUAUCUAAGCCUUUUGAAGAGCAGCCUGAUGAGUACGGCUGUCCCCAGUGCAAUGCGCCAAAGAAGAGAUUUGUCAAAUACGAUGCGGAGUCCGGGAAGCCCAUUGGCGGUACACUGCCACCUCUUACGGUGAUCGUUAGUUUGGUGAUCGGCAUCGCCGGAGUAGGGGCUUUGCUUGUGUAUGGCCUUCAAUAGGCUUCUCAUUAGAAAUUUUGUUUGUGGCUGUGCAUCAAGUAGCUCAGCCGAUUGCUGCUGUACUCUAUCUAACAGAACAUUCCGAGUGAUAUUAUAUAUAUAACGAAGGGGUAAAAUGUAAUAUGUUCUGUUUGAGGCUAAUUGCAAAUCCGACAUUACUUGGAUCA